AAAUUAUUUAUUAAAAUGGAUGAAAUUAAAUUAAGUGAUGAUGUAUUUGAACAAAUAAAAGAUUUUAAUCAUUUUAUACUGACUGAAGAACAAAAAUCGUUAAUUGAUAAACUAAUAACAGACGAAGAAUUAAAAGAACGUUAUAAAGAAAAAGGUUUAUGUAAAGAAUGUAAGCGGCUUAAUACUGACCUUUAUUAUUGUUGGUCAUGCAAAUCACAAGAUUUUAAACAAAAUUUCAAAAAUUGGACAAGUGGAAAUCAUGACGUUGAUGAAUUUAUUCAAAAAGCACAAUUAAAAGCUAAAAGUUUUGGUCAAAUAAUAGAGUGGAUUGAAUAUGAUGAAUUUGAAGAUGUUGAAUAUUUAGCAAAGGGGGGUUUUGGAACUACUUUUAAAGCAAUUUGGAAAGAUGGUCAUAUUAUUAGUGGUUGGGAUUUUAAUAUUAAUAAAUUGAGAAGAGAAAGUAAAACAAAAGUUGCUUUAAAAUGCUUACAUAACUCACAAGAUAUUACAGCAGAUUUUUUAAAAGAAAUUGAAUCAAAUAUUUUAGUAUGUGGAUCUGCACAUAGCUGGGUAGUUCGUUGUUUUGGUAUUACCAAAGAUCCAAAAACAAAUAAUUUUAUGAUGGUGAUGAAAUUAAUAAAAGGUAGUUUAAGACAACAUUUAAAUAACAACUUCAUUUCACUUGAUUGGAGUCAAAAGUUGAGAAUUUUAUGUUUUAUUGCAAUUGGUCUUAUAGAUAUUCAUAAUAAAGGAUUAAUUCAUCAUGAUUUUCAUUGUGGGAAUAUAUUAAGUGAUUUUGAUAAUCAUGCUUAUAUUACUGAUUUGGGAUUAUGUCAACCAGCUAAUAUAGAACAUUCUCAGAGUAAUAAUAAGAAAAUAUAUGGAGUACUACCUUAUAUGGCUCCAGAAGUUUUAAGAGGAAAAGAAUAUACCCAAAAAAGUGAUAUUUAUGGAUUUGGAAUAAUUGCAUAUGAAAUUUGUACAGGUUUCCCUCCUUAUCAUGAUAUAGCUCAUGAUGAAUUCUUAGCAUUGAAAAUUUGUCAGGGGUUGAGGCCAAAAUCUAAUUAUAAAGUUCCUCAAUUAAUUGUUGAUAUUAUUAAUCAAUGUUGGGAUGCAGACCCUUUAAAACGACCUAAUGCAGAAGAAUUACAUAAGUUAAUUUUUGGCUUAGAACGUAAUCUCAAUCCAAUGGUUUUUUAUAGGCAAAUCAAAGAAGCAGAUGAAAUUAAUAAAAAGUCAUUUUCAACAGUUCAAUCACCAUUAUCAUUUACUAGUACACUCUCAUAUACAACGCAUUCUCAGGCAGUUUACACAAGUAGACUUUUAGAUUUUAAAAACCUUCCAGAACCAAAAAAUGCAGACAACAAUGAUUUAGAAUAUUCAGAUUCUCUAAAAAUGGAUUUUACUAAAAUUGAUAUUAAUUCUAAAGAUGAAAGAAAUUAA